UAGCUUGGCAGUUGGGACUCGUGGGAAGAAAUCUCCAUAAAUUUAGGCCGAAGGCAGAAGCCCAUUUGGGACUCGUGCAAACUCCGUUCCAUGCUACAUCUCCAAUACUCGUGCAAACUCCGUUCCAUGCUACAACCCAAGGCAGAAGGCCGAAGGCAGAAAUCUCCAUAAAUUUGGGACUCGUGGGACUCGUGCAAACUCCGUUCCAUGCUACAUCUCCAAUACUUGGCGGCGAAAGGUUGGCCAGACUUACAAUUUGAAUUUCGGGACUCUUUCUCGGUGAUCUUUGUCUCGCCACUCCACCACACAACGGUCAAAUCCUCCAUGGCGCUGGGGGAGAAGGAGAAGAUCACCAAGAAGAGAGCACGAAGUGGUAGAGACGUCGACACAGAGGUCGACAUUGAAGAUUUCUCCAGAGAGGAAACCCUAAAGAUGAGGUCUUCUCUGCUACAGUGGUACUACGAGAACCAGAGGGUCCUGCCCUGGAGAAAGAAUCAAGACGAUGAAGAUAAUAAUGCACAAGGUGUAAGUGAUACUCGAGCUUAUGCCGUCUGGGUUUCCGAAGUGAUGCUCCAGCAAACUAGGGUUGCUUCUGUGAUUGACUACUACAACCGUUGGAUGGAGAAAUGGCCCACUGUCUAUCAUCUCGCUCAGGCUUCUCAAGAGGAAGUCAAUGAAAUGUGGGCUGGUUUGGGAUACUACAGACGGGCUCGCUAUCUGUUGGAGGGAGCAAAGCUGAUUGUUGAAAGAGGUGAGUUCCCUAAAACUGUCUCUGCUCUUCGGGAGAUUCCAGGAAUAGGAGAUUACACCGCUGGAGCAAUCGCUUCCAUAGCUUUCAAGGAGACAGUCCCUGUGGUUGACGGAAAUGUAGUUAGGGUGAUUGCUAGACUGAAAGCUAUUUCUGCCAAUCCAAAGGAGGGGAAAACCAUCAAGAGUUUCUGGAAACUGGCAGGGCAAUUAGUUGAUCCCCUUAGGCCUGGAGAUUUCAACCAAGCUCUAAUGGAACUUGGAGCAACCAUAUGCAAUCCAUCGAGCCCGAGCUGCUCCACAUGCCCCAUCUCAGAGCAAUGUCAUGCACUUUCAGUCUCUAGAAAUUGUCAAUCAAUACAGGUUACAGAUUAUCCCACAAAGAUUGUAAAGGCUGAAAAAAGAUGCGAUUUUGCAGCUGUUUGUGUUGUUGAAAUAUCUGAAGGCCCAGAUAUUCAAGAGGGAGAUCAUAAGAGCAAAGGGUUUCUUCUUGUCAAGAGGCCGGAAGAAGGAUUGCUUGCUGGCCUCUGGGAGUUCCCAUCUGUGCUGCUGGGUGGAGAAGUAAAUUUAAUUACAAGGAGAAAAGUAAUGGAUCAGUACUUGAAGAAAUCUUUCAAUCUUGAUGCCAAAAGAAACUGUAGCAUAGCCUUGAGGGAAGUUGUUGGAGAAUAUGUGCAUAUUUUCUCCCACAUUCAACUUAGAAUGUACGUGGAAUUGAUGGUUUUACAUCUAAAAGGCGGGGAAAACAUCAUUUUUCCAAAGAUGGACAAAGAGACAGUGACAUGGAAAUUGGUAGAUGGAAAGUCCAUUCAAAGCAUGGGAUUGACAUCUGGUGUAAGAAAGGUCUACAAUAUGAUUCAGAAAUUUAAGAAGAGUAGACUGUCCAAGAAUCCUACAAACCACAAAGGAAAAAGAAUCUGAAAGGCUAGAUUUAAUGAACUGGGAAUCAAUGGGCUGGCGUGUAAAUUGCUGUUCGUGUUAUGUACAACUAUACUUCUGCUUAAUCACAUAUAUAAGCAGAAUCUGUAGAAUGUUUUGUUUCCUCCCAUUGCCUUUGCUGAACUUGUAUAUCUUUUCAUCUGUCUGAAACUUGCAUAAUUUAUGAUACCAUUAAUCAUAGAGGUUAUAUUGGAGAUUGAUCA